GGAUUCGAACGGUUUUUGCCCAUUGUUGGGGGAAGAAGAAGAUGAUUCCUAUUUUGGACCUUAUCCAGGAAUUAGCAGAAUGAUUCAAAUAAACGAGAGAAAAAAAUUCACAUUAACGGAAAUGCUACCUUCAGAUCCUGCAUACCAGACUUGUUGCCAACUCUUUCAUCACUCUAUGCCAUUCCAGCAAACUAUUGUGCUAAGAAUCUUCCGGCUUUAUAAUAGAAACCUCUGGAAAGACUAUAUUAGGAAUAAAAGAAAAAUGGUGACGGAAAAAGCUCACUUAAACUGCAUAGAGCGCCACCUCUUCCAUCAAACUGACAUGAGACUGGAGGAUCUAGCUUUGUGUGGCUUGGAACCUACUCGACAUUUUUCUGUGGAUAAUUUUGGAAUUGCAGUAUAUUUCACCCAAGAAGCCAAAGCCUCCACUCUGAUGACCUCUAGUAAAGUCUCCUUCUCUGGACAUAACAUGAUAUUAGCAAAAGUGUUGAUUGGAGAAAUGACAAUUGAGCAACAAGACUUCUUAGCCCCACCUCUUAAUCCAGAAAAAAUCCAAUUUGAUUGUUAUGUAAACAAUACACAAAAACCUACUCUCUUUGCAGUGUCCAAAAGACAUUAUUGCUACCCUUACUAUGUCAUUCAAUAUAAGAAUGCCAGAGAUGCAAUUUAUAUGUCUAACUGAUUUAAAGAAUCAAACUUCAGCACUCAGCCAACACUUGCCAAUGAAUUACACACAUCAGAAACUCCUCAACUAUUUAUUUAAACUUUUUAAUUAUUAUAUACUCCUUCUUUAUUUCUUUACUUUUAUUUUCAAACCAUCUACUACCUGGGAUACUCCUGAGACAUUCCCUAAAUCAUGCUAUUGUUGGAAUAUUCAGUUCUUCCUUCCUUACUAUUUCCAGUGCUUUUCCCCUUUCCCCCUUUACUCAUUUCUUUUAUCUCUUCCUCACCUUUUCUUUCAUUUCUUCAUUCCCCUCCCUAACUGAGGAUGCAAGAAUUAAGACUCAACGAAAAGCAGAGUGAGUUUGGACGUCCUUGCAUACAAAUUUUACACAGUAGUACUUCUUGUAAUUUGUCAAUUUAAAUGCUUUUAAUCUUUGAAAUAAAUGUUUUAUGUUAAAAAUUUU